AUGUCAGAUGUGGAGACAGUUGGCAAUCUUGUUUGGGACCCUCAUGUGUGUAAAAAUGUCAGGCCUCCUUCUGCGGACUACGGAUUACCAGACCUGCUGCCUUCCUUCGCGACACUCACCUCUGACGAGGAACGGGAAAGGAAAGCUCAGUCAUCUAUUCCCGGCACUUAUACUGUUAUAAUCAUGCCGGAGAGCUUUUCCUAUAGUCCUGGACAUGUCGAUGAAAGAUCUGGGGAGCAAUACAGGGGCUCAACACCAAGUUCCUCAGUAGAUAGUGGGCGAAGUAGCCAGCGGAAUGAUAAUCCAGAAGUGAACGAUCCAAAUAUCGUCAUACUCAAGACAUUUCCCGACGCUAGGAGAUACUUAUGUCCAUACCGCAGAGGUUCCACUCAAACGCUAGAGUCUUGCCCUCAAGACUCCUCAUAUUCACCCACGGUCUCGGUAUAUUCAGCUGAUUCGAGCACCCUAGAUAAUUUUAUUACGCAGGAGCAAACCAAGCUGAUAGAUUAUGAGGCGAUACUACUAUCUCAUCUUCGCAAUGUGGUAUGGCCCAAACUGGUCCCCCAGGGAAUCUGGUCAGAUGGUUCAGACGGCCAUAGACUGGGUGUCGAAGUUUUGGAACAAGAAGCUGCUAUCUGCCCACCUCUUUUUCAGGCAAUGAUGGCAAUAUCUAAGCUCGGUCUAGACCGUCAAGGGAACAGUGUAGACAUGAACGUCAUGAAUCCCCACCAGCGAGAUUUCCCACUUCCACAGAACAUCCUCCAUCACAACGACAAUCUUCUAUCUGACGGGCUUUUUCUUACGCAAUUUCUACUGCUCAUACACGAGGCCAUGGCUGCCAAGCCAGAUGGGCCGAGCCUCUGGCCUUACCAUAUAUCCCAAAUGCUCGAGAUUACGUUCAUGAGGCAAUCGGCCUUUGGAGUGGAGCGAUUUCCGUUCGUCAUCUGGUGGAUCUGUACCAUUGAUUUUUAUGCCCUUCUCAGCGGCGCAGGCACAGGAGAUUAUGUCAAAACGGUUUUAGAAAGCGGCCUGCUCCCCUGGCCCGAGUCUCUUCUUUCCUCUAUCGGCUCUAGUGGAUCCGAUGCCAUCGAUUCGCGUGGGCCUGACAAUCUAACAUUACUGUUGCAGCUGUACAAAGACAUGUUCGGGCUAGCUGUCCAGUUAGGGCUAGCUAUUACAGACAUGAAAAAGCUGGGCGUAUCUUAUUCAUACCCCCUAAUCACUCUACAACAACGGUGUUUCGAUCUACACGAAGACUUCAGGAGACUUUGGGACUCUUCGGAUAUUCGCUGCUGGGCCGAGAAUCAAACGAGGCUACCAAAACAACUACAAAGUAUUUGGGAGCAGAUUAAUGUACUCUUCCAUACUUCACUUCUCUUUUACUACACUAGCACGUUUCCUGAGCAAUGCAUUGUCAUGGGCGAAAGACCCGAGCAGAAAGUGUAUCACCAUACGACAAUGAUCUUACAACAUACAGAGGCGACGAUCGUGGAUAUCCAAGGCACUCCUCCGCACUUCAUCGUCUUCCCCUUGUUCCUGGCGGGAAUUGCGGCGGAAACGAUCGAUCUCAAAGUCAAGGCAUGGGAGCUGCUCUCAAAUCUAGAGAAAAAUGAGAUAGGAUAUAAUGCGUCUACGACGUGCUACAUGCUCCAACUCGUGUAUGAGUACCAGAUGCAGCGGUCUAGUAAUAGUGGCAGACCAUUCCCGUGGAUUGACUGGGUUGAACUCUUGGCUGAACGUGGCUUUCGGUUAGUUAUUCUUGCCCGGGUCAUGAUGAAUCCCAGCAGGGGCCUUCAAGGCAAUUACUCCGACGAGGAACUGUUUAUCCAUACUCCAGGGCGAUCGCCGGUCGAGUCCCCCGUUGUUGGACCACUGCGGAUUAGCAAGAGAGACACACCAUCACCUGCGCCACAAGGCGCUCCCCUUCCGUACCCUGACGACCGGCCAAAUCCCCAGAAAAUGCGCAGCUCAAGUACGAGUCAUUCAAGUCCGACGGUUGAUGGUGGACGCACAGGCGGCUCACCCACGAGUGCAGAUAACAUGUCUUUCAUGCCUGUUGCUAACACUGGUCCAUCCAGGUCGGACUAUCCGGCGGCUUUACGGCCGCGGGAUGGUCGCGAGCCUAAGCCUGCGACUUUGGCAGAACGACGAGGCAAUGUCCCAAAGCCCCUGCCUGAGUCUCCCGCCGGUGAUACGCCGGACAAAGAGGGGCUGUUUGUAACGAGAUAUCAGCGAACUCCUGCUCCAUCGGCACUUUCCAACGGGACCCAGCUUGAUGGGACUGCUCACCCGAACUACCGUCAGCAGUACUACCCACCUCCUCAGGCCGCAACCUCGUCAGAACCUUCCGCGAGGCCGCCGACAGCACAAAGCCUACAGACUCCUAGCAGUGCAAUUAAUCGCAUUAGCUCAACAGCAUCGACGUCGACAACUCGCGCCCAGCGGGGUUCCCCCCCACCUCCAGAAACCCCAAUUGUUGAGCCGGGCCAACAGAGAGCAUCGGACAUCGAGGCACGCUAUGCGGCUUCGGGAAUUGCAGGCACUUCAGCUCUAGCAGGCUUGCAAGCCCAAAGCUCUGCGGCACAAAGAAGAGCCGAGCAGUAUGUGGGUCAACAACCAACGAGUCAGCCGCCCGUCCAGAGGCCAUGGACACCAACGGAGCAGCCAGGGAGCCAACCUCAUGGGCCUCCCACAGUAUAUCAAGGCGCUGAAGUUGUAUCUACGGAGAACCUCCCUGGAAAUCCUUUCUCAUCCCAAUCUGUAGCAAACUCAGGGCAGGCAGUGCAAGUUCUGCAUCAUCCAAGGAUCCCGUCAAAUGCUCUGGAACAGGACCUAGAAAGGAUGCGCAUAAGCUCUUCACCUCCUCCUGCAUACUCCAGCGUAUCUGGUCCGACCGCGUCCCAAGGUUACCCAAAUGAAAAGCAGCGCGCUCAGACAACGCCAGGUUAUCAGACUUCAUCAGCGGUGCAUCCCGCCACAAUGGCGCCCAUCAAUGCAGCCACAAAUUCUGCGGUACUCGAAGUUUCGGCUCAGGAUCAUCCGGCGUUUGCAAAUGACCCAAGGCAAGAACAACCAUUAGAACAAUCCCUACAAAAUGGCACGCAAACCGGCGUCCUGGAUGGGCAGCAACAGACAGUUCAAGAGACUCAAGCUACAGUGUUACCUACCUCUUCGGGAAUCCCACCAGCCUCUCCUCCUCCACUCCCCGAAGGAUGGAUUGCUCAUAUGGACCCCAACUCAGGCCAGUACUACUACAUUCACCUCCCAACUCAGUCGACUCAGUGGGAAUUCCCGAAGGGGCCCACACCAUUGAACCUCAACGAAACUCCUUUGUCACCGGUGGGAAGCAUAUAUAGCAGCCAUCCUCUCGCUUCCCCGGGUUUGUCGGCCUUUGGUAAACCAUUGGCGUCCCCUGGGAUUCCUCUGACUCCAGGUUAUGAGAGUCUACAGUCACCAGUUGUUGCAGGGUUUACUGGUCCUCCACCAAAUAGUGGGGUGGAUUUAUACAAAAUUGCACCAACGAAUGGUGUUUACUUUGGGCCAUACCUUCGCUAUGUCAAUAUGAAUCUGGAGCACAGUAUUUGGCUAGGUUCCAUUCUACUUGUUACCGACGCUGCGCAGCCUCCGACGAUUCAUAUCCAUCAGAGCGUUGAUUUGUCACCGAACCCGCGUCAAUUGAAGGCAUCCGCUAUCGCCGUUCAUCAAAGGUGGACGUUCUACAAGUACGACGUUGACUUGCAAAUGGAAGAAUCUGGCCCCGCAAAAUGGACCUACGCAAUCACGUCACAUCUGGGCUGCACGCGCUACGAGUUCUUGGUCGCUGGCCGACAUGAAACGAAUUGGCGGUUUAUCACAACUUCGGGGAAUGACUUUUCCCUCAACGUGAAUGCUAAUGAGCGGUCUCGUCUUGGGGGUGUGAGUUUUAUGUGGAAGGACAUCAUGCAAAAGCACAAUGAAAUCGGGGGGUUCCACACUCAGCUGUGUCUGGGUGGACAGAUCUAUGCGGAUAGAAUGUGGAAGGAGAUCCCUUCGCUCAAACAGUGGCUUGCAAUUCGCGGCAAAGAGGCUCGAAAAAGCAUGCCUUGGACUGCUGCACAUGAGGAAGACGUCUCUCGUGCAUACUUCCAUUACUACACUAGCCACUUCGAUCAGCCUCACCUGCGAGAAUCCUUCGCCCAGAUUCCUUAUGUUUGUCAAAUUGAUGACCAUGACAUAUUUGACGGUUACGGGUCGUACCCUGAACAUAUGCAGUUCUCGAAUAUGUUCAAAAACAUUGGACGCGUUGGGACUGAGAUGUAUCUGCUUUUCCAGCACCAUACGACACUUGAAUUGCUUCGCAAUGCCAGCACUGACAUGGACUUAUUCACCAUUACUGGCACCGGCUGGCAUUUUGUUAAGUUCCUUGGGCCGGCCGUGGUUGUCGUUGGCCUUGAUUGUCGGUCGGAGCGCAACCCACACCAAGUUGUCGCUGGACCUACAUAUCAAGGUAUUUUCCCCAAAGUCGCAAUGCUACCGCCAUCUGUACAGCACUGUUUGUGGAUGAUCUCCGUGCCAGUCAUUUACCCACGCUUGGAGACUGCGGAACAUAUUGCAAACACUGUUGCUUCGGGUAAAAGAGCGGUUACGGGUGCAUACAAUGUCCUUGGCAAAGUUACGAGCUCUGUGGCGGGUGUGGUUGGCGCAAAGGAAAUGGUAGGUUCUGGAUUCGAUUCUGUUAAGCGUGCUGUAGGCAAGUCUGGCCUUAUGGGAGGCAUAUUAAGCCCGUUCGGAGAAUUCGACCUGAUGGACGAGCUCCGAGAUCAGUGGACUCAUGAAUCCAAGGAUCUUGAGCGAACGUACUUCAUUCGCACUCUCCAGGGUAUUGCACAUCAGAAGUUUCUCCGUAUGACUUUUCUUUCCGGAUCUGUCAACGUGUGCGGUGCAGGAUUGGUUCACGAUCCAGCCCAUCCUUCUGACUACAGGACCAUGUAUCAAAUCAUAUCGUCCGCUGUUGUGAACAAUCCUCCACCUUCAUAUGUCAUCAAGCUCCUUCACAGCAGCAACAAGCCGCUCUAUGUUCCGGCUAAUGGACAUCGUUCCUCUCCUUCGCAGCCUACUGAUACAAAGGAGGACAUGAUGGAAAUAUUCCAGACCGACGUCACAGGACAAGCUCGUGAACACCGUAAGCUGAUGGGUCGCCGGAAUUACGCUGCUAUCGUAGCAUAUGAUCCUGAAACGGUCAAUGCGAUGUAUGGCCAAGCACCUGCGGGCCAUGGAGACAGGCUGAAUCUUGCCGUGGAUUUUAUGGUCCAGGGCGAUGGAUCCUAUGGGGCGGUUGUCAAAUAUGGGCCGGUCAUUAUCCCAAGCUUAGGACAUGUGAAGUGA